GACAGAGCCGGUGGUGCGAAGGGAUGGAUUUAAGCAGAUGAUAGCUGACUGCGUGAGAGAUGCUGCAGGAGAAGGCUUCAGCUGUGACGGAUGAAUGUAUGAGCCGGGUCCAGACCGGCGUGGAGACAGAUCUGCUUCCAGACCAGUCACGACUGGGCCUAUCUGCAGCUUCCGCCAUUCCCAGCUCCAGUGAGCCUGACCAGAACAUUGAGAACAUUAAGGUUGUCCUUCAUGAGAGGGAACUGUGGAAGAAGUUCCAUGAGGCCGGCACCGAGAUGAUCAUUACUAAAGCUGGCAGGAGGAUGUUUCCCAGCUACAAGGUCAAAGUGACUGGGAUGAACCCCAAAACCAAGUACAUCCUACUAAUUGACAUUGUCCCAGCUGAUGACCACCGCUACAAGUUCUGUGAUAACAAGUGGAUGGUGGCUGGAAAGGCAGAACCAGCAAUGCCAGGGAGACUCUACGUGCACCCGGAUUCCCCUGCCACAGGAGCUCACUGGAUGAGGCAACUGGUGUCGUUUCAGAAACUCAAGCUGACAAACAAUCACCUGGACCCUUUUGGGCAUAUCAUCCUGAACUCUAUGCACAAGUACCAGCCCAGGCUACACAUAGUCAAAGCCGAUGAGAACAAUGCCUUUGGAUCCAAGAACACUGCCUACUGUACUCAUGUCUUUCAUGAGACAGCCUUCAUCUCUGUAACCUCUUAUCAAAACCACAAGAUCACUCAGCUGAAAAUAGAAAACAAUCCAUUUGCCAAGGGAUUCCGAGGGAGCGAGGAAGGAGAUCUGCGUGUUUCAAGACUACAAGGGAAAGAAUAUCCAGUGAUUUCAAAGAACAUGGUUCGCCAGAGGCUCAUCUCCUCGCAUAGUCACCUCGCAGGGAAGCUUGGAGCAGGAGUUCUAACGGGGCACCCUCAAGUCCUGUCCUCUUAUCAGUAUGAGACUGGGGUUCCGUUGUCUAACUCAGACCACCAGGAUCCCAUCUCAAACCACUUCCCUCAGAACAGAGAUCCCAGCCUUCUGUACCACUGCUUCAAACACAGAGAUAAUGCCCGACACCUGGAGCUUGGCUGUAAGCGACCAUAUCUAGAGGCAUCAUCUGCAGGCUCAGAGGAGCAUUACUUCCGCUCAGCUCCCGCCUAUGAAUCGUCCCUCUUGUCUCAUCCGUACUGUGCUGAGGCGAUCACCUCUAGAGAAGCUUGUAUGUAUGGCAGUAUGGAAACAGAGUCAGGAUCUGGGGCGGGGGACACAGAUGACCUGACCAACUCACCCUCAAUAAAUUGCAAUGUGUGGGCUACGAUGCAGCCCUACCCUCGCUAUAGCAUGGAAGGGGUCCCGUAUCAGCCCUUCACUUCUCACUUCACCAACGCUGCCGCAGUCACACCCGUGGUACCACACCCAACAUCAUCCAUGGUGUCAAGAUCACAGGCUGACUUGGGUGUCUACAACUCUGCUUCAGUCCAGCGUGGUGGUCUGCCUGUCAUGCCUCCGUCCUCCUCCUCUUCAUCAUCAUGUUCUCCAGCUGUUCCAGGAUCCAGAGAUAGAUCAGUCCAUCCAUCUCUGUACCACAAGAAGCCAGGGUCACCACUCCGUCCUCACAGAGAUUUCUCAGCCUAUCCAACACAAGGCACUAUAUCCAUCCGGGAUCCAUCCUAUCAGUACCAAGUGGGGCUAAGCAGUGCAGGGACUCACUGGACUGAUAGCUAAUGUGGACCUCUGGAAAAACCACUUUUGUCCAAUGUACAAGUCUGAAAUUAAUCAAGGUUUCCACUCCACUGUGGGCUGCUGAUGCCAAGCAAUGGUAAUGAUCAUAAUCAUUGCCGAAUUGCACUCCAAAGCCAUUUACUUCCAUGAAUUCUCACUGAAGUAACUAUGACACACAACACUGUAUUUUGUGAACAGUGGCUGGUCUCCUGUAGAUGUAUGAGUCUUCUGUGAUCAAAUACAGUAAGGUGGUUUUCUCACAUUCAAGUGAUCAACGCUUGAAGUAUGUCGGGGGAGCAUUAAGCUUGUUUGCCAGGUAAUUGUAACAACAACUAUCCCAGUAGUCUUAGCUAGGUUAACUGAAGCAACAACGAGGAUGACUAUUUUGACAAAAGAAAUAGAUAAGAGAAAAUUAGUAGAUGCUGUUAUUUCUCUCA